UCUUUGAAGUCGGUUAUGUUAUACGUACAAUCGUAUCGAUUCUAUCACUCGCGUUUCACUUCACAGCGUCUGCCAGAGUCGACGUCGAUGGGAACAUGUGCGGUACUAGCGAAAAAGGGAAACCACUUUUACCUCCUUACGAUGUCAUCUAGUGGUCCGCAGUCACUGUGAUUCUUUAAAGGCAUAAUGUAUACGUGGACGAUUUCUUAAUUCGGUUCAGAAGUAAGCGAAUGCAAGACACAUUGCUCUCCCAAGGUGAUCCUGACAUCGUGAUAAAAGUUUAAACAGUAGUCGGGGUUAUUGUAUUUGCUGUGAAGUAAUUAUAUGUGUUCAUCAUGAGAUCUCUGAUUACGUUUACUGUCAUACUUGUCAUACUACAGAAUGUUAAGGAAGGGUUACUGGUAUCGCAACAUCCGAAGCUGUUGGUGAUAUCUUACGAUGCAUUCAGAUACGACUACUUUGAGAGAAACUUGACACCAUUCAUGAACAAGUUAAAGAAUCAAGGCACCCAUGUGGAUUACAUGAUGAAUAUUUUUGUCACUAAAACGUUUCCUAAUCAUCAUACAAUGGCCACUGGAUUAUACGCAGAAACGCAUGGUGUUAUAGAUAAUGAAUUUUACGAUCCUUCAUCGGGGAAUACGACGAAAUACUCAUACGACUUGUAUCACUAUAGUAACGAUAUUCUUCCUAUUUGGACUGCUAACGAGAAGGAAGGUGGUCAAAGGCGAAGUGGAACAAUGAUGUGGCCUGGAAGCAUUUACAAGUAUCAAGGAAUCAGUCCCACAUUUUCACAAAACUUCAAUGAAAGUAUAUCUUGGGAAGACAGGAUAGACACCUUGAUAUCUUGGUUCGUUCAUCCUACACAUCCAAUCAAUUUAGGAAUACUUUAUAUAGAGGAACCGGAUUACCACGGUCACAUGAUCGGAAUAAAAGGGCCUCAGUUUGACGAUAUUCUUCGAAAAUUAGAUAAUAUAACUAGAUAUCUUCAUAAUAAGAUAGAAUACUAUGGUCUACAUGAUCUGAACGUUGUCCACUUGAGCGAUCAUGGAAUGGCGACUGUUAAACUAGACAGAAUAAUAGAUUUAACGAAAUAUGUUAAUAGCAGUGAUUACAAAUUUGUGGGUACUCCGCCGGGAUAUCACAUUUUCCCAUAUCCUGGCAAAGAAGAUGCAGUUUACCAAGCAUUGAAACAGGCAACGAAGACGGAGAAAUUUAAGGUUUACAAAAGAGACGAGAUUCCUAAGAAAUAUCAUUAUGGGAACAAUACACGAGUCGGCAUGAUUUUCGUCAUUGCUGACGUCGGAUACGCGUUUCAAACCCUUCGCGACACCAUCGAUUAUUAUAAGAAAAAGUUCAAUGUCACAGUAAACGCUGAUUCGGAAUUCGGUCUUCACGGUUACGACAACGAGGCGAUAGAGAUGCAUCCGUUUUUCUUUGCGAACGGCCCUGCGUUUAUGCCUAAUUGCAAGCUGGAACCUUUUAGUAAUCUAGAUCUAUACCCAUUGUUUUGUAAGGUACUCGAUCUAAAUUGCCCGACCGGAAAUGGUACUUUAAUGCAUUUGACUAAGUGCCUUAAAAAGCGUCAACAGGAUAUCACAGUGAUUGCGUAUCGGAUGAUAUUUGUAGCCACUACCAUAUCUAUGACAAUGGUAGGAAUUAUAGCAGCAAUAGUUAUGUUCUACAUGAGGAAACGGCGAUUAGGAGCGAGGAGUUAUAGAAGAAUACUGGAAGAUUCGGAAGCACAGUACCAAUGGGACGAAAGUCAGAGUAUUGAAAAUACUACUUGCAAAUUAAACAAAUUUCCAGAUUUAUUCGUAAUUGAAUGCUACGCGAAGAAUAGGCGUUCGUAUAAGGGGAAUGUUAAGUAUAGGAAAAGUUCUUUUCAUUAUAAGAGUGACGCAUGCCUUACACAUUGAAUAAUUCAAUGAAAUACAUAUAAAUGAGAAAAUGCUUCUGUGAUAAAGAGAAAGAGAAGAAUAUAAAUUGACAUUUUAGAACUCGGUUGAUUUGGUGUGUUAUUUAUAAUAUGAACAGUAAUUGAUUUUUAUUGCGGUGGAUACACGGCUAAAACGAUUGUCUCAAAUAAUAAUAAGAAUACUCAUGCGUAUGUAAGUAAUUGGUACAUAGAGUACAUCUUCGAAAUGAGAUUGUAAAAUACUUCGUCAGGCGCAUCGCUAUAUGAAAUUACUUUAAAAAAUAUGUACGAACAAUGUUCAUUAUAUAAGUGUAAAUAAACUAGUUGUAAAUAAAAAUGAUUAUAGAACGAAA